AUGGGUGGCUCCAUGGUGGAAGCCGCAACGAAUGAGAAGAGAGGCAAGACCCUGGAUGAUGGAGGCAUCACGAGCAUGGAUGACGACGUUAGCAGAGGGAGCAAGGGCGCGCAAGUGUGCGGGUGCACGGGCACCAUUGGGCACAACGCUAGGCGUUGGUGGAAAGGAUCGCUUAGGGAAUCGAUGGAAGAUGCCCUAGGAGCAUUGAAACGACACCAACACAAUGAGCAAGUUGGGCUAUGCCAGGGGUUGCUUGGACGGCGACACCCAUGGUGUAGCGGUUUGGGCAACGCCUUGGAGCAGCAAUCUAGGCAAAGCCAAGAUGCUCUAGCGACACAAAGGAUGGCAUGCGCAGGCUUUGCUGCUGGUGAUGAGAUGCUAAUCGAUGGCACUGGUGCUGGGUGGAGUAUUAGAAAAGCGUAA